UCUUGACACCUUGUUCUCUUCCAGGAGGUGCUUUGAAGUGGAAACGGGACCAGCGGGACCAUGCCGCCCUCCAAGGAUGUUGUGAAAAUUGCAGUCCAGAUGAUGGGAGCCAUCCCGCAGCUCAUCGAACUCAACCAGGCAAAGCCCUUGUCUGCGGUUGUGAAAGAGGUUUGCGACGCGUGGAACUUGAAUAAUUCGGAGCGUUACGCCUUGCAGUACGUAGAUGGCCAGCAGGCCUACAUCACAGAGUCGAACCGUGGAGAGAUUAAGAACGGGAGUAUCCUGCAACUGACCACUGCGCCGGAUCAUGAGGCGGUGAAACUAUACAGCGGGAUCCAGAGCAACCACGUCAACGUAAAGACUGACUCUUUGAAGAAGCUGGCCGGCCUUUCUCGAGAUGUCGCUUUCGCUCAGGAAUUCAUUAGCAGGAAUGGCCUGAACCAGCUCUUCCUCAUUGUGGAAGAGGAGAACAAUACAGGGGAAACUCUAGCGUAUGCUCUCAAGGCCUUCAUGGAGCUGAUGGAACAUGACUUUGUUUCCUGGGAGACUCUCAGUCCCACCUUCAUUAAAAAAAUUGUGAGCUACGUCAAUGUUGCCUCGAUGGAGCCCUCCAUCCGGCAGAUUUCGCUGGCCAUCUUGGAGAACAUGGUGCCCACCAGUCGCUCGCUCUUUGAGCUGGUCAAGCACGAAGUGACUCUGGACCGCCUCAUUGCUCUUCUGCAAGAGAUGAUUCAGCCACUGCAGCUAAAAGCUAUGGCACUUCUUAUUGCUCUGCUGCUCAACGCCAGUGAACCAGAAAGGAGGGACAUGAUGGACUAUCUGGGGGAGAAGAACCUUCGGCAAUUUAUUCAUAAAAACAUCAUCCAUGCCUCGGAGCCAAUCGGUGAUGAAAUGGCCCAUUACCUCUACGUGCUGCAGUGCCUCACCGUGAACCUUCUGGAACAUCGAAUGAGGACUCCCAUGGAUCCUUAUUCACAGGAGCAAAGGGAGCUUCUACAGUCACUGCGCCACACUGCCUUUGAGUCGGAGAACGAGUCUUCCACUGGCAGCUUCAGCACUGAACGCCGGCGCUCUCUGUGCGCCAAGGAAUUCCGCAAGCUGGGCUUUGUGAAUAACAGUAAUCCUGCAAUGGAUUUGCACCGCAUCCCUCCUGGGCUUCUUGCCCUAGACAGCAUGGUCUACUUCUCCAGACACUUCCCUAGUGCCUACAGCCGGUUUGUCCUUGAGAACAGCAGUCGAGAAGACAAGCACGAGUGCCCAUUCGCCCGGAGCAGCAUCCAGCUCGCCUUCAUGCUCUGCGAGAUCCUUCAUGUGGGGGAGCCUUGCUCGGAGACAGCCCAGGCUUUCUACCCCAUGUUCUUUGGCCAAGAACACUUCUUUGAGGAGCUCUUCUGCAUCUGCAUCCAGCUGCUGAACAAGACCUGGAAGGAGAUGAGGGCGACCCAGGAAGAUUUUGACAAGGUGAUGCAGGUGGUUCGGGAGCAGAUCACCAGGACCCUGACCCUGAGGCCCACUUCCCUGGAACUCUUCAAGAGCCGAGUGAACGCGCUGAACUACAGUGAGAUCCUGCGUCUCCGGCAGACAGAACGGAUGCACCAGGAGGAGAUUUUAGCGGCACCGGUCCUGGAAUUGAGAGAGCAGCUGAAACCGGAACUUCUGAAGCUGAUCCAACAGCAGAGGCUCCUGCAUCUCUGCGAGGGAACCCUCUUCCGCAAAAUCAGCAGCCGGCGCAGGCAGGAUAAGCUCUGGUACUGUCGCCUUUCUCCCAACCACAAAUUUCUGCACUAUGGAGACGUUGAAGAAGGCAUAGAAAGCCCACCCAUCGAAAGCCUGCAGGACAAAGUUCCUGUGACAGAUAUGAAAGCACUCUUGGUUGGUCGGGAAUGCCCACAUACAAAGGAAAAGAGCUCCGGCAAGCAGAACAAGGAUCUCCUGGACCUUGCCUUUUCCAUAAGCUAUGACGUUGGGGAGUAUUUGAAUUUCAUCGCUCCAACGCGGUACGAGUUCUGCCUGUGGACAGACGGGUUGAACGUGCUUCUGGGCCGGGAAAUGGUGAGUGAGCGCACUCAGACCGACCUGGACAUCUUGCUGUCGAUGGAGCUGAAGCUGCGGUUGCUGGACCUAGAGAACAUUCCCAUCCCAGACGCCCCACCCAUCGUCCCAAAGCCCCCCAGUAACUUAAAUUUCUGCUACGAUUUCACCCAUAUAGAACAGUGAAGGCUGCUGCCUCUUCCAGGCUGCCCUUGGUCUGCAGCCGUCCCGCGGCUUCUCAGAUUCUCUGGCUGAUCUUCCACACCGUGGGUUGGUUGGAAG